AUGUCCCCGGGAAGCCAUACGACUCGAACUUCUCGCAUUCUCAAGCUCCUAUCCUCUCAUUUCUCGCCCUCGAAGAUAUCCAUCAAAAACCUAUCCCGGCCCUAUGAAAAUGAUGGAGCUCACAAUAAGAUUGUGAGAGAAGCACAUGGUGAGUCUCACCUCCGAGUCAUGAUUGUUUCAACCAUGUUUGAGGGCGUUGGUCAUUUGGCUCGACAUCGUAUGAUUAACCAUGUUCUGGAUGAGGAAUUUAAAAACGGUUUGCAUGCUCUCACUAUUACAGCAAAAAGUGUCAGAGAAUACGAGCAAGCAAAAGAGAGAAUGAAAAUCAUAAGAAAGGAGAAUAACUGUAUUGAAACAAAGGAUGAAGCACAAACAGAUAAGAUGCCACCUCGGGAUGAGAUGGAGGAGUUAUUUGAUGAUGUAAAAUAA